UGUCCUGUUACAGGUCUUUACUUCCGAGGGGGGGAGGACAUGAAGUUAGCUAGGAAGGUAAUGGCGUUUAGCAUAUUCUAGGUAAUUUCUAUUAAAUGCCCAGCGUGGCAUGUAGGAAAGCAAGCUCGCGCGUCCGCGAUUAAUUUCUUGUCUUCAGAAAAUUAGACAACAAAUCUCAGUUGUGACAAAACGACUUUAUUCCUCCGUGUUCAAAACUAUCAAGUUAGCAUUGUAAACCAUGCUACGUAUUCUCAUGACGCUUUCCAUGGAAAUGGAUUCGAGCCAAACGUAAUGUUGAUAUUUUACUCAGCUUUGCCUAUUCUAAGCUUAGCUAAUUUUGUAAAUGUAAACACGCCCCAAAAAAUACAUAGUCUGGAGUUCAUACAGUGCGGAAGAACGAAUCCAAACUCUUUCGGCGUAGUUGCUCGGACACAGACUAGCUAUCGUUCCCGAAGCCAGCAUGGCCCGUGGUGGUCGUCGGAAACGUAGAGGCGAUGGCUUUUUGCCCCCUGCGCAUGGUCCUCCCCGGCCGAUGUGUCCACCUCAACCACCGCCACCUGACAUAGGCUGGCACGGGCCUCCCUUUCCGGGUGGGCAUCCUGGUUACCCUGAUCCCGAUUUAAUGGAUGAUUCAGUGGGCUUCCGACCAGUGAUGGAACCGCCAUAUGGACCGAUGAAUGAGCCUGGAUUUGGACCAGUGGACCACGAUUUUAGAGGGCGUGCUAAUCAAUUCCAUGGAUCAAGACCUAUGAUGGAUGUAGACUAUGGCCCUAUUCCCGACAUGGGACAUGGACCAGUAAUGGUCAGGGAGUAUGAGCAUGUGGACCACGGAGACCUCGGUCCAAUGCCUGAUCGACCUAUGAUGCCCGAUCGACCUAUGAUGCCCGAACCUCCGGAGUUUAGAGCUUUUGUGCCGCCUUUUGAGGAGAGAGAUUUCGGUCCGAUGGGGCGAGACUGCGCUCCCCCGAUGGACGGGGGUUAUGGACCGAGACAUGGUGAACUCAGUCCUGUGGAUCGAAAUUAUCAACAGACAACGGACGAGAGAUCUUUUGGCUCUGCAGUGAUGCCGAUGGAAGGCGGUUUCGCUCCCUCGUCCAUACAAGACCAGCGUGGCAUGUUCUUUGGUGGUCCGAGAACAUUUCAUGGGCCACCAGACCAAGAUAUGGGCCACGAUCACGGCCACGGUGCAAGAAUGAUGGGACGUCCCGGAUGGGUGGAUACCUCAGGAAUGGCCCAUCCCGGGCACCCCCCUCCCGGGCACCCCCAUCCCGGGCACAACCAUCCCGGGCAUCACCCUCCCGGGCACCCUCCUACUGGGCAUCACCCUCCCGGGCACCCUCCUACUGGGCACCCUCCUACUGGGCAUCCCCCUCCUGGGCACCCCCCUCCCGGGCACCCCCCUACUGGGCACCCCCCUCCCGGGCACCCCCCUACUGGGCACCCCCCACCCGGGCAUCCUCCCUCUGGGUAUCUGCCCCCCGGGCAUCUCCCCCCCAGCCAUCUCCCCCCCGGCAAGAAGCCAGAUCCCCAGAAGAAGCCCAAACUUCCUCCAAAGCCCUGCUCCAAGCCUCCUCCUGGACGAUUUCAAGGGAUCAUCUCAUUUAUUGGGGCGGAUUACGGCUUCAUCGAACGGGACGACCUGAAGAAGAUCCACUUCAGCUUCGACGCUUUUUGGGGCGACACGACGGAGAUGAUCCCGGGCGUACGAGUGCAGUUCACCGUCUACAAGGACAAGGGAAAGGAGUGCGCAACUGAUGUUGUGGUGCCCUCUGGUGGCACCGAGGAGGUGGACGGCGACAUUCUUGAGGGAGUUGUCAGCAGAGCUCCUGAAUGCCAGGUGGACGGAAAGUCCCGGAAGCUCACCUUGCCCAAGUACGCCGGCUCCAUCCAGGCCACGCUGCCGAGCGAGGAGGCGGAGCUUCCCUUCACGACGCACGACUACCGGCCCUCUCUGCUGGCGGGCGACCGGGUCCAGUUCAACCUGCUCACCGACCUGGUCACCAAGGAGAAGAGGGCCACCAACAUCGCGCUCCUGCCCAACACCUUUCAGUUCACCAAUGAGAGCAGAGAGACGGGCGUUGUCAUGAACACGAAGGAUGGCUCUGGCUCCAUAAUGUCGGAGGAGUGGAGCAACCUGUGCUUUGAUGCUGAUGAGAACCUGAGUGACACUGAGCUGAGAGUAAUGGACGAGGUGGAGUUCACGGUCGUUCCUGCGCAAGGGAAGGAGCAGCACAAGGCCGUCAGGGUCAGGCGGCUGCCGGAGGGGACGGUGACGUUCGGGAAAAAGACCAGAGAGAGGAUCGCUGAGGCCAUGGAGAGGAACUCUACCCGGUUCAGCCUGGAGAAGGGCAAGUGGAAGGCGGUGACCAAUGAGGUGCUGCCCCAGAGGACCGUGGUCUUCGAGGACAUCAGCAGCGAGCAGUACGAGGGAAUCGUCGUGACGACCCCCCCCAAAGCCGCGGACAGGGCGCAGGGACAGGAGACGGCCGAAGCUGCCUCAGGCCUCCUGGUUGCCACGGUAGCGGGCGCGGAUCGAAAGCUGCCGUUUGGCUCCGGUGAUGUCACGUCGGAGGCCACGAUGAUGCCGGGGGACCGGGUCCAGUUCAGCGUCUGCACCAAGCGCAGCACCAAGGCGGAGAGGGCCACCAACAUCGAGCUCCUGCUCAACAGCCUGGACCACUCCCAGGAGCAGCGCGAGAAGGGUGUCGUAAUGGACCUCCGGGAGUCAUUCGGGUUCAUCCGGUGCCAGCGGGACCCUCAGCUGUUCUUCCACCUGAAGGAGGUGCUGGAGGAGAGCAAGCUCAACCUCACGGACGAAGUUGAGUUCACUGUCCUUCCGGCCGCGGCGGGGGAGGGGAACCAGGCCGUGAGGGUGAAGAAGCUGCUCUGGAGCGCCUUCACCGCCACGCCCAAGCUGGAGGGCCUCGGCGCGCCGACCAAGGAAAAGAAGAAAAUGACUAUCAAGCUCCUGAGAGAUUCGGUGAAUGACGAAAUGAAAAACCUAAAGGUCAAAAUUGAGUCCUUCAGCACAGAAAGUGCAACAGAUGAAGACCCUGCGGAGCCCGUGGAUGAAAACGCCAGUUCAGGUAAGCAAGGGGUGGGUGACUUUGUUCCCCCAAAGUCCGAAAACGAUCCCCAGCCAGUCAAGAUGGACGGGGAGGGCGGUGGCGUGGAGGUCAAGGGUCAGGAGAAGAGCCCUUCCAGCACGGACCCGCCCAAGCAGAGAAGGGACGCGAAGGGGGAGAGCCGAAAUGGGGCGCACGGGGGCACCGAAGAGAGCAGCCGAGCCACCCGGGCCGGAAAGUACCGGAGCCCGCCCAGGGAGCACGGCAAGAGGCGCAGCCGCAGCCGCAGCUGCGAGCGGGGCCACCGGCACGAGCGCAGACGCAGACGCAGCCGCAGCCGCAGCCGGGAGAGGGGCGGGCGGAGCGGCAGCGGCAGGAGGCGGAGCCGGAGCAGGGAGCGGGCCGACUCCUCCUACAGCAGGAGGCACGGCAGCAGGGAGUCGACCAGUCGGGGCGGGGCGAGGAGGCGGAGCAAGAGCAGGACUCCCGAGAGGGAUAGCAGCAGCAGCCGAAAGAAGGUUAGCACGGGCGAUAAGGGCAGUUCUCUGGCUAAGGACGGUCGGGGUGGCAACAGGGAGCCCCUGCCACGGGCAUAUCCCAAUCCCGCCACUCAGGAACUGCCCAGGUCCGAAAAUAUCCUGGACGAAGAGCUGUCCAGGAAGAAGAGGGAGCUGGAGCUGCUGGAGGAGCACAUCGCCCGCAGGAGAGCCAUCAUAGCCAUGGAGCAGAAGGGCCUGGCCCCGAAGGGUCAGUCCAACAGCGAGCAGGACUCCGAGUCGUCUGGCUACUUUCGGUUUCCCCUGGAGCCCGAGAGCGCUGACAAACCCGCCCCCUUGCCCAUGAAGUCCAUCCUGAAGAAGCGGACCGAGCCUUUCAUGGACUUUGGCCAGCAGGGUGAAAUCCCCAAAAACCUCCCUCUCAAACCAAACUUUGUGUCUCAGUCCUGCUUUGGCCCACCCCCUGUAGAACUUCCUCCUUUCCUCCAAACCUCUGACGAACAGUCUUACUUUGAACCGCCUCCCGACCGCUCUCCUUUCAGCCAAUCCGUGCCCCAGCGUGAACCUGUCCGUCACCCAUCUCACAGCCAAUCAGCUGUUCACCAACCCCCCAUGGACCAGCCCCCUGUCUGUCAUUCUCCUCCCGGUCAGCAGGCGCCCACCCAGAGCGCUGCCUCCACUCAGUUUGAGCGAUUCCUCCGCACGCUCAACAAAGGAGUGGAUGCCAAACUCCUCUCUUCCCUCGUUAAAGAGGUCAGAGAGGAGGAUUUUACCCACGAGGCAGUGGAGCCUCGCGUGCCACCCCAGGGCGAGGUCUUCUACGAGGACAAGGACCAGUACGAGGACUCCCGCGGGAUGAGGGCGACGGAGGAGCCGGACGACUUCCUGCUGCCGCACGAGCGAGCGUUCCAAGACGGCGGCGGGUUUUCGCGCAUCGUGGGAAUGAAGCACGGGCUGCAGGCGGAGGCGGAGGACGGCUGGCGGGAGGGGGACGUGGAGGACGAGGAGCGCUUCCUGUACGGGGAGAGGGCCGACGAGGGGGGGCGCGGGAGCGCCGCGGCGGCGGCGGAGGCGGACCAGGGGCGCCGGGAGCCACGCCGGGCGGAAACCGAGCCGAAACCGAAGGGCGAGGACAGGCUGCCGCACUACGACAAGAUCCAGAGCCUGCUCCAGACCAUCGGCCUCGACCUGGACCUCGCGGAGGUCAGCAAGCUGACGGACAGGACCCAGGAGCGGCUCUACGGGAAGAAGCAGAAGAGCGGGCCGCCGCCCGGGCAGAUCGACUGCGCGCCGGGACGGGCGGGCCGCAGGUCCGGCCGGCGCCGUAGCCGGACCGACUCCCCGGAGUCGGACCGCACCCACUCCGUUUCUCCGGUGUCGACCGGUCGCCGGGAGGUCUACCUGAGCUUCCAGGGUGCCUUGGAGCACAGCAGCGCCCGUGGCCAGGAGAGAUUCGCCACCGACGCAAGGACGGUUCGAAGCUCGCGAAAAUCUCGUUCGCCCUCCCGCUCCACCCCUUCCUCCUCCUCCUCCAAAUAUUCACGUGCGCCUCAAGAGCCUUAUUCCCGGUACCAGAGCGCUCCCGAGCACGAGCUCGCAUACGGUCAGCGGGGAAGUGCCACGGUAACGGGCUGGAAUCAAGUUCCCAGGCAGGCUGAGGUGCAGUCCCCUCCAGCUUUCGCCCAACACUCAGGGUCCUACGUUGACCCACAGCACCCACUGUCCUACACUGACCCACAGCACCUAGGGUCCUACGCUGACCCACAGCACCUAGGGUCCUACACCAAGCCACAACACCCAGGGUCCUACGCUGACCCACAGCACCCAGGGUCCUACACUGACCCACAGCACCCAGGGUCCUACGCUGACCCACAGCACCUAGGGUCCUACACCAAGCCACAGCACCCAGGGUCCUACGCUGACCCACAGCACCCAGGGUCCUACACUGACCCACAGCACCCAGGGUCCUACGCUGACCCACAGCACCCAGGGUCCUACGUUGACCCACAACAGCCAGGGUCCUACGCCAAGCCACCCUCGCCUUUUUUAAAUGUUGCGGUGGGCCCCCACGCGGCGUCCCCGUUCUUACCCCCCCAUUCUCUCCCCCACGUGACUUUGGCCUCGCCCGUGGGGCUGCCCGCCGGGUUGUCCUCCCCCUUCGCCGGGCCUCCCGCCGUGUCCUUGCCGUCCUUUCUUCAGCAGCCGUCCGCGACGUUCUCGGGGGCUACGUCCUACUACUCCCUGCACCCCUUAACCGGGGUCCCCAUACUGGCGCCGGUGGGGGGCGCCGCGUUCCCCGUCUCGCAGGCCGUCCCGGCGGGAGGGGGGGAGGUCGAGACGCACGCCAGGGAGCUGGCGACCACGAAGUCCCGCUGUCUCCGGGUCAUCAAAACGGUCAAGUUGCACUCGCAUUCGCCCGCGCAGAGCAGCAAUUUGAAGGAGGUGACCACGACGGGCGAGCAGAGCUCGGAUUCCGCCCUGGCUCCGUGCCCCGCCCCCCGCGGGCCGGCCGAGAAGAAGCAGGUGACGACGAUAUCCGAGGAUGACAUCAAAGCCAAGCAGAAGAAAAGGCUGGAACAGUUCAAUGAGAGAAUGAGACAGAAAAAGGAACAACAGAAGGAAGCUAUGAGAUCUCGUGUAAAGUGCCAGAAAAUCCCACCAGGUAAGACCUGCACAGAGGUAAAGAAUGUGUGGGUGUGUGGCCACUCUCUGGUGUUUUGGGCGGAGAAGAGGGCCAAGUCCCCCGAGUACGGCAUGCAGCUGGGCAUGGACCCCGGCCGCGUGCGCGUGUGGUGGAAGGGCAUGCAGGGCAUGACCUGGGACCAGCUCCUGCCGCUGCUCCUGCAGCUCAAGGGCAGCUGGCCCAACCCCGACGUCAUCAUCCUGCACCUGGGCGGCAACGACCUGGGCAGGUCCGACCUGGGGCCGCUCCUGGCGGCCGUGAGGAAGGACCUGGCGUCGCUGCGCGGCAUCUUCCCCAAAUGCCUGCUGGUGUGGUCCGACAUCCUCCCGAGGCGGUCCUGGCGCGCCUGCGAAGACGCCGGGGCGAUGGAGGGCCACCGCGCGCUGGUCAACCGGCGGGUGCGGGCCGACCUGGCCGAGCUGGGCGGGGCGGCGGUGACCCACGACAGCAUCCGGCCCGGCUCGGACGCGGGGCUGUACCGGCCCGACGGCGUCCACCUGUCGGGCAAGGGCAUCGACAUGUUCAACAUCGACCUGCAGGACUUCCUGGAGAAGUGGGACGGGGAGGAGGCCGAAAGCUCCGAGCCGGUUUAGGCGAAGGGGCCCGUGAAGCCUGUUGUUAAAUGCGCUCCUGUUAUCACGCUCCUGCUCUGUUAGUAAUGGGACGGUUUUCGCUAUUGUAAAGGGCAGGUGCUGUUCUGAAUGUAGCCCCCCACUGCCUGUGUACAGCCUGUGAAGGUGAUGCAUAACUGCACCGCGAAUGCUGUAUGUAAAGUCAUUUGUAUGCCUCUGCCCUCACGCACACUACAUUCAUAUGCUGUAUGUAGUUUUUGGGUUUUCUUUAAAGGAAAGAAAAAUGGAACUAUGUAUUGUUGAAUUUAAAUAUUUUUUAUUUCUUUUGGUUGAACCAUAAAAUAAAAUAAAUUUUUAAAAAACCUGAAAAACAAUCGAAGCAUUAUCUUGGGCUGAAUUACUACUGCUUUGAUGUGGAUAUUGUUUCUGAAAAUAUCAGAGGUCAUCUCUUGAGUUGGACCUGCUUUUUUACCAUUUUUUAUUUGAAAGGUGCAUAUAUGAUUUUUUUUUUCCCCCACAAGAUUUUCUUGGAUCUGCAGUAGAAGCCUGGAGGCUGUGGAGAGGAAGGGGAAAUGGGGGG